UUGAUCUCUUUAACUCUGUGUUCUGCUGCAGGCGCGGCAGUGGCGGGCGUUUACCGCGUGGCGGGGAAGGACAUGGCUCCGCUGGAGGCCCUGGUGUUCGGAGUGGGUCAGACCACCCUGUCAGUCGUUAUCUCCUUCUCUCGCAUCCUGGCCACCCUGUGAGGAAGACUUUUAGCGGGAUGAAGGACGGAUGCUGAUGGAGGAGAGGUCCAGCAGGGACUUGGAUGCAGGAGACGGCGCCCUCUACUGAUUCUGGAGUAUUAAUGCAGCCGUCUGC